CUUUUUUUUCCUCAUCGGAUAUAAUGGUGUUGGUGCUGAUGUUGCAGACAAAAAAAAUUGGGUGAGUUUCACCCCUGGCCAACGAUCGUCCCGGGCUUCCCGUCAGCCAACAAAAAGACCCUGACGGUGACGGACCCGAGAAAAUCAAAUCAUGAUCUUCUGGCCUGAUUCGAAUGCCAUUGCUCAGCGCUCAAUAUGGACCCCAGCAAGGUGCUCCAGCCGUGCUAACCCCUUUCCCGUGAUUGCUAUUGUAAUCACUGGCCAAGCGACAGAGCCGUUGCAAGGUCAACCACCUGCCCAUGUGGUGUAGGGUAUACGAGGACUCUCUCUGUCCAUCUCCGGCCCUGAGCCCACACCACACAGAGGAAAAGUUCAAGAGGCGCUAGGCGGCCUUCUCGAUUAUGGAUCCGCGUCUGAUUCCAGAUCCCGAACAUGUUCAUUACUCGUACGCAACGUUGUCCGCAAAUCAUGGACCUCCUGGGCGAGUAAGCACCUACUCUGCACUAGUGGUAUGGAGGGUAUUUGUUGCGCCACCAAAAGCAUCUGAAUGAAUGGUUUCCCAUUGCUCGGAGGAUAUCAGAGCAGAUACUUGGCAUGGAUAAACACCAGUUGACAGGGGUUCAAGCCCAGUCAGAUCGCUUAAGACCUGAGGUCUCCAUCCUCAUCAUCUUCAAGUGGCAGCUAGGUCCACUCAUAGGGCGGAGCUUUGGUCACCACCUGGCCGUGCUUGUUCUGUACG